GACAGUGGAAAGUGGCUAAACACACCAGCUGAGGGAGGAUGUAAAAAGGACAAUUAGUGCUUUUUUUGAGCACCAUCCACUUCCUCAGCGUCCGCGCGAGUGGCAAAGAAAGCGCAAAUUGCACACUUUCCCGUGUUGGUGGGGAAAUUAAAAUGGUAAUAAUGCACAGAGUGAUGGAAAAGUGAGACACUCUCAAGAUAAAGAGGUGGAAUUGUAUUUUCUUAUCACCUUCCUGUGCCAACUCCGUUCUGGGGGGAGCAUAAAUCCAAUAAAAGCUCUGCACUACGGAGGACACACAACACACCAUAGCUAAUGGAUUAAAAGUGCACCGAGCAUCGCUGAGAACUACCCAGGAUGACUCUGUUGUGAAUUUUCCAACGUACCAGCACUGAAGGUCCAUGACUUGUGCGAAAUGCGAGAACAUCCACUGUGGCUCUGGUGUGGCCUCAUCCUUCGUCUGUCAAUAUUCAUCGGACAUUGCUGGGCUACUUCCGGUCCAAAUGGCAUUCUCGCAACAUUCAGCACUCCUGUCGACAUUGGCAAGGAUGCCAUCGAGGAGUCCCUGCAGACGAUACACGACAUCGCCACAGAGAAUCUGGGAAAGUAUUGCCUCUCGAGGGCAUUCCGCCCACUGAGGAUUCCUCUGCGUGUCGAACGCUACGAGGGAGCACGCCAGAAGGCUGACUUGGCCGCCACUGUGCUGCAAGAUGUGGGGGUUAAUCGACAUGGAGGACUUCUGGAUGCCAUCGCGAAGGGCCUUCUGGGCGACACUCACGUGACGGCGGCGCGCAUUUUGGCGCUCAACAUCACAAAUGGAGCAAUCAUCACUGCCGUGUGGUGGAGCCAGCAGUUGGGCGGCCUCGGCGGACCGCAUCGGGUGGAGGAGGACGGCGUGAGUGUGGGCUUGAAGCCAGAUAUGAAUUAUCCAUGGUUCGAGGAUGAAAUGUCAUCGCCAGGACUACGGUCGCCCAAGUUCUCACCGAGUCCCAUCAGCAUCUCCUUCAAGGGCUGGUGGACCUAUCCGUACUACCUAUGCAGUCACCGGCGAUGGACUCUGUCGUACAGCGUCGCCAUUCCACCGACUAGCCGCCACGGGAUUCGGGGAUUUCUCAGUGUUGACGUCGAUGUGUCGGAACUGCACGUGAAUCAGUGCAAUUCUCAGCCCGACGAUGUGGAGAACUCACUGGAAAUCGAUGCAUUGCUGGGCUCACACAAGUGCCAUCCAGUGUCAAUGGAGUGUGAUCAUCGAUUUUAUGCGGGCGGAAGGUCAAAGGGCGUCCAUGGCAAUGGAGAAGGAUGGCGUCGUGGGGAUUACCAGUGUCUCUGCAGGCCGGGCUUCUACUCAUCCCGCCAUCCGCUUGGAUUCAAUGGCUCCGUCAUGGAGGUGGCAUAUCAGGAGUUCUGGAACAAUGAGAGCACUAUUUAUAUGGAUAAAUUUCAAUGUCUCAAGUGUGCCGACGGCUGUGGCAAUUGUAUGGGUCCCGCCCCAUGCCUGGCCACGUACAACUGGGUCUUCCGCAUUACAUUGCUCACGGUUUCCGUGCUGUGCGCCGUCUUCACCAUCUCUCUCGCCUUUUACAUGUACCGCCAUAGGAAAGUCAAGGUCUUCAAGGUGGCGAGUCCCAUCUUCCUGACCAUCACCCUCCUCGGGUGUUCCUUCAUGUACCUCGAGAUGGCGGCAAUCUUCCCCAUUCUGGACACCUGCAGCUGCAUCGCCACGAAGUGGACACGGCACAUGGGCUUCUGCAUCACCUACACAUCUCUCCUGAUGAAAACGUGGAGAGUCUCGCUCACAUACCGCGUGAAGUCUGCCCACAAGGUGAAGCUAACGGACAAGCAGCUGCUGCAGUGGAUGGUGCCCAUCUUGCUGGUGAUGCUCAUCUAUCUGGGCACUUGGACUCUGUCCGCUCCGCCCAUUGCCGAGGAGAUCACCGACAAGUACGGUCUGAAGUUCAAGCAGUGCUCCUACAACUGGUGGGACCACAGCCUCGCCAUUGGGGAAGUGCUGUUCCUCGCCUGGGGAAUCCGGGUGUGCUACAACGUACGCCACGCUGAGUCCAUGUACAACGAGGCCAGACUCAUCUCCUAUGCCAUCUACAACAUCGCUCUCGUCAACACCACAAUGGUGGCUUUCCACCUGUUCAUAUUUCCCCAAGCGGGACCGGAUAUAAAGUAUCUGCUGGGAUUCAUACGCACCCAGCUGUCGACGUCGGUCACCGUGGCCCUGGUGUUCGGACCCAAAGUUGUGCGGGUGCUGCGCGGGCAGGGGGAUCAGUGGGACAAUAAGGCACGUGUCCGUGGCGUCACGGCCUCCUUCUCCCUCAACGGCAUCGGCCUGGUGCCAGAGGACACACCCGACUUGUACCAGGAGAACGAGGAGCUCAAGGAGGAGGUCCAGAAGCUGGCAGCCCAGAUUGAGUUCAUGAAGAUCGUCAACAUGGAGAUGAAUAAUCGUCACCUGAAACCCAAGCCCGGCGGCUACUUCACGCUCACCUCCAGCCUGCAGAGCCCUCUGUGCAAGGCAUCCAGCAGCCAGAGUCAAUCUAUUAAGCAAAUGACUUCGCAAGUCAAUAACGCCACAAUUAGUGAUGAUGGACACAGUGGGUCAAACAGCGUGGGGACCAAUUCAAUUGGCUACCCGGCGGCCCCAUCGCACACAACAAGUGGACAGCUGAACAGCAGCGAACGUGUUUGACAUGGACUCCGAAGUGGCCAGAACUGCUCAAUGGCUUCCAGCUCCACAACCAGCAACUCCCCAAGUAAGACAUUCGAUAUUCGAAUCCCGAUUUACGUAUAAAAGCGCCAACAUCAAUAGUAUUUUCAGCUCAAACAAAUUGAACAAGUAAUAUUGCUCAUAAACCUUUUUUUAUUGUGACCACAUCACGGAAAAGGGAUGAAGUAUCCUUCUUGUAUGUGUUGAUGUUUAAGUUCUUCCACGAGAAUGGAUUAGAAACGAUUUUUUUGGGGUAACUCCAAGCUUUAUUUCCCGAUUAUAUAUGGAGAAUGUAUUGAAUGUGAAUGACCAUCGGGAAUGCAAGAGGAAAAAGUUGUCUCAAUAGAGGAAAAGCCAGAUUUAUGGGACAAAAAAGGGUGAGAACGACAUUUCCCUGUACAUAAACAUAGAAAAUAAGCUGGUUGUCAUUUUACAUAAUGAAAUGACUAUCCCUUAAGGAUCGUGUUAUUCUUCUUCAUGUUCUGUGUGUGUGAAUGCUAAAGAGGAAGAAAAGAGAUAACAAUCAGAAUAAUUUCACCCGCAGAGUUGUCAUCAAAUGGUCUUUUCAUUUAUCAGAAUGGGUGAUAAAAUGUCAAUAAACAUUAAUUUUAUCACCAUCAUCGAGUAAUUCUGUUCACUUCGGAGAUGAUACAAAAUACUAAGCACUUCAACCAAGAAGUGAAUAGGAAAUUUAUGCUACUAAAAUAGCAAGAAAAAUGUUUUUUUCGAACAGAGAAAAAUUAGACAAUGUACGUUUAGAUAACAAACAAUAUUUAAUUCUAAUUGAAAUAGAAUUAUGUCAGUUAAAAUCUUACUCAAGUACAAAAAAGCACACUGAAAAAAAAACACAGAAUAGCUAUAGAAAAGAUUUGCGUUUAUGUCUGAAUUUCAAAAAUAUAGAGGACAAUAAAAUCAAAAAAAGCAAACCAAAAAAUUGAAAGUCACAGUUAAAUCAAAAGAAUUUAUAGACAAUUUAUCUUUCCAACAAAUAAUUUUAGGUAUGUUUUUCAAAAAUAGUUUUUUUCAACCCAUUCAAGUGAGCAAAUGGCUGUUUUGUUUUACAAAAUCACUAAAGCUACACUUAACAUCAAGAUUCUGGUGAACUUUUUAUUGCCGAUUGUAUUUUAUUAUCACACAAAUAGUUGAAAAAGUCUGAACACAGUGUUUACUGACAUGGAAGGUGAAUUUCCAUUUGGCAAAAGCCACCUCCGCUGCGAAUGGGUUGAAACCAACAAAACAUUGUCGAGCUUUAGCGAAGCUUUGGGAGUGUGAGAAACAGUUUAUGUCAGCUUUUUCUGCUUGGGAAACAAACUGGCAGGUCACAUUUACAGAUUUACAAGCCAAAGUUGUUCACUUUGCUCUUCAUUUGGAAACAUAAAGAAUAAAGAACAAGGGGAAAAAUAUUCGCUGGAUCAUCACUCCGCAUCUCAUACUUUGAGUAUUAAAUAAAUUCUAACUUGAGAAUAGUUGAUAAAGUCACAGAGAGAAUCUUCUUUCAUAAUUGUUGUAUUUGACAUGACGAGUGAGUAAGAGGGUGUUUUAAAGUUUUAGGAGGUUAUAUACAAUUAAGAAUUUAUUAAAUGAUAAAUUUGCAUAAAUGUGUUGAAUAUGUCUCGAGACAUAAGAUAAAACUAAUUUAGAACAACUUAUUGUUGUAAUAAAGUUUGAACUUUCCUCCCAACCGAAAUGUACAGUGAAUUCCACAGAGAUAAAUUCAUAAUGAUAAAAUGAUAGACAAAAUAUAGAAGACUCAUAUUAAUUAAUGUAA